GAGCUGUGGGCAGCUGUCUCCUUGGGAGGACACAGUAGGUGGCUGAGGAGGAUGUUGUGCCUGGGUUCCCUCCUCCCCGUGGGCUCACUCCUCCUCCUCCUCCUCAGCCCUGAGGCCCGGGGAGAAUACGGCGUGGUCCGCAUCGUGUCAAAGAAUUGGAGUAAGGACUAUUGUGUCUUGUACAGCUCCGACUACGUCACUCUCCCCCGGGACCUGCACCAUGCCCCACUCCUGCCUCUGCAUGAUGGCAUCAAGACACCAUGGUGUCCGGAUGAGGACUCCUUCCACCAGGACCAGGACAGCUCCCCUAGACAGCGACCCCUCCACCAGACUACUACCAUGGUGAUGCGUGGUAACUGCAGCUUCUACACCAAGGGCUGGCUGGCUCAAGGCCAAGGUGCCCAUGGGCUGCUCAUUGUGAGCCGGGCCAAGGAUCAACAGUGUUCAGACACCAUCUCCAAGCCCCAGGACCCCAGCAAACCCCGGCCUGCCCUCACCAUCCCGGUGGCUGUGCUCCGCUAUACCGACCUGCUGGACAUCCUCAGACACACUCACGGUGACACCAAUAUCCGUGUAGCCAUGUAUGCUCCCCUAGAGCCCAUUAUCGACUAUAACAUGGCAGUUAUCUUCAUACUGGCUGUGGGCACUGUUGCUGCAGGUGGCUACUGGGCUGGCCUGAUGGAGUCAGACCAGCUGCAGAGGCACCAGGCCCGAGGAGGAGGGGGGUUUGGUGGUCACAAUCAGCCACAAGCGGGGGUAGCUGAGAGGUUCCAGAGGGCCCGGGAAGAUGAAGACGAUGAUGAUGAUAUGUCUGUGGAUUUUACACCAGCCAUGACGGGCGCUGUGGUCACCAUGUCCUGCUCCAUCAUGAUUCUGCUCUACUUCUUCUAUGACUGCUUUGUCUACGUCAUGAUCGGGAUCUUUGGUCUGGGUGCCAGUACUGGCCUCUACAGCUGCCUGGCACCCAUAGUGCACCACCUGCCCCCAUGGCAAAACCAAUGGGCACUGCCCGACCGCCGGGCUUAUAUGAAGUUGCCAUUACUACUGCUGGCAGGCCUGUGUGCCAUGGUGACUCUUCUCUGGGUCAUCUACCGCAACGAGGACCGUUGGGCAUGGCUCCUGCAGGACACCUUGGGUGUUGCCUACUGCCUUUUUGUGCUGAGGCGGGUGCGGCUGCCCACGCUCAAGAACUGCACCUCCUUCCUGCUGGCCCUGCUGGCCUUCGAUGUCUUCUUCGUCUUCGUCACACCCCUCUUCACCAAGACUGGCGAGAGCAUCAUGGUGGAAGUGGCGUCAGGCCCAGCAGAUUCUUCAAGCCAUGAGAGGCUGCCCAUGGUGCUCAAAGUGCCCCGACUGAGCUUCUCAGCCUUGACGUUGUGUGACCAGCCUUUCUCCAUCCUUGGCUUUGGUGACAUCGUCGUCCCCGGCUUCCUGGUGGCCUACUGUCACCGCUUUGAUGUGCAAAUCCACUCUCGCCAGGUCUACUAUAUGGCCUGUACAAUGGCCUAUGCCAUAGGCCUGCUGGUCACCUUCGUUGCCAUGGUCCUCAUGAAGAUGGGCCAGCCUGCUCUGCUGUACUUAGUGUCUAGCACCCUGCUUACCAGCCUUGCCGUGGCCGCCUGCCGCCAAGAGCUUACCCUUUUCUGGACUGGCCAGGGCAGAGCCAAGAUCCCUGCUGGGCCUGUGGCAGAGCCCUCCAUUGCUUCUGCGGUGAGCUCCAAGCUGAAGCUGGAGGGCGUGACAGAUGCCCAUAGAACCAACGGGUUUGAGGAGGCCGCCGACCAAGAGUCAAGGGACUUAGACAGCAACCUUGGGGAUGACAUGUCAGAGAUGCUCACCCUCUCUGAGGACGAAGCCACGAGUCCAGAGGGCCACAGUGAGAGCUCCGAAGGCUGGAGUGAUGCCAACUUGGAUCCUGGGGAACUAUCUCCUGGUUCCCCCAUGGCCCUGGAGGAGCUGAUGCCUCUGGCCAUGUUGAUACCACUGAUCCCACCAAUGCCACCCCCCUCAGAGCUGGGUCGCAUCCACACCCAGGCUCAGGUCCACGAUGCCAGCCUGCCCUGGAUGGGGCUGCAUAGGAGAAAGGGCUUGAAAGUGAAGAAGUGCCCAUCAACCCAAGCUCCCCUAUGAACAGAGCUCCCUGGGACCUGGACCUCUCAAAGGACUUCCAGAACACUGAACAGCAAAGCCAGACAGGAUGAGAGAUCGGGCAUUAGAGAAACUCCCUAUCUUC